AUGGAGGAGGAAUAUUACUCUCUCUUGUGUUAUGAUGGCAUCGAGCGUAGUUUUAGAUGCCAGUAUACUCAAACAUCGGAGGAAAACACAGAGGGAUAUUAUGAAGCUGGUUUAGAUGCUAGGACUUUAAGUGUGACGAGUGAAGAUAUACACGCGAUUGAUGAUUACCAAACCGAAGAAAGUCAGGAAGAUGAAAGCUUGGACAUUGGCACAAAAAGGAGAUCAGUGUCAUUUCGUAAGGAUCCAGUAGAAGUUAUUGUUCCAUCUGAAUACAUAGACGAUGAAUAUGGCGUGGAGGAAACCUCAGAAACAUCAUCAGAUAAAGAGGAUUAUCUUACUCGAGAAGAAUAUGCCAGUCGUGAAUGGAUGGGUAAACCAGUGUCUGAUUGGAUUGAUUAUGCUUAUGUGAACAUUCCUACCAUUCUUGGGAAAUGCGAUAAUUUAACAAAGGAGAAAUAUGCUCAAGAUUCAAUGAAUGUAGAAUUAUACAACAGUUUUGAUUUUCCUUAUAUUUUACAAGUUGUCAAAGAUGUAUACUGCAGAAAUAAUCUCGAGAAGCUGAAAUUAUCCUCACUGGCUAAAACAUACACCAAACGAAUAGCAAUAGCUGAUGGAAAGAAAACGUGUAAAUACUGUGGCAAACCGUUACCAGCAUCAUCGUCAUCGUCGUUCACGUCUACAAAGGAUCAUUGUUGUGAUCAAUACCAUCGUUUAUUUCGUCUUGCUGUGAAUUAUGCUGAAGUAUUACACAAACAUUAUCGUCAACAACGGUAUAAAAAAUAUCGUAGUCAUCAUCAAAAAUUGAUCAGCUCAAAAGAUAAUUCAUCUACUGGUCAAUUCAAUGAAUCUAUAGAAAAUGUUGAUGUCUCUGUUAACGAGUCUAUGGAUAAACCUGCCUCAAGAUUAAGUACAGUCAGUAAAGGAGAGGUGCUUGAAAAUAUUGAUCCGUCAGAUAAAUCUACUACUAAUGAUGAAAAGCGAGUAGGAAAAGAUAAUUCUAAUUUAGUCACUGGUACAGUUGAAAAUGCGAGCAAAGAAGAUGAAGAAUCAGAAAGUUCACGUGAUACAAUCAUUUAUCAAUUAUCAAAUCGUAAGUACAUUGAACAAGGAUGGACAGUAAGUCAUACCAAUAAAUACAGUACCCAUGAUGAUGAUAAUGGCGAUCUAUCAGUGAAUCAACAAGGUGAAUCCAUCCAGCUGAACGCUUAUUCUCCAGAAUUAAAAGAAUUAAAAGCAUCAACUAAUCUAAGCAGUUUAAACCUUGAUUUCAUACAACAAGAAUAUUCAAAUGGAGAAGUUUUUAUACGAAAGUAUAAUGAUGGCAGUGGGGUUAUAUUUUAUCCAACUGGUAAUCCAGCCAUAUUAUUUCUACCUCUUGGACUGAAUAACAAUACUACUACUGCUACUAAUAAUACUACUGAUAAUAAAAGUGGCAGUAGUAGCAGCAACACUAAUGGUGUACUAUUCGUUGUACACGAUCAGCUACACAUCGAUAUGACAAACUUGAAAGAGAAAACAAAUCCGACUGUUAAACAAAAGAGAAAUACUUCUAAUAAUAACAACAACAAAACUGAUGUUAAUAAUAAUAAUAAUAAUAGUAAAAUUAAAAAAUCUUCAAAUUUGCGCAUACAAUCAACUGUUGGUCAAUUAAUUGGUGUAUUUGAUACAAAUAUUCAUGGAGUGGUUUAUGACAGAAACAAUAAUAUACGAUUAGAAUAUAAUCCCAGAGAUGGUGUAUACUUUGGUGAGAAUGGUAAAUUACGUAAAUGGCAAUGGUCUGGAGAGAUGCAUACGCAUGCACCGCCAUUUCAACCAUUAAUACUAAAGUUGAACAAUUGUCUAACACUUAAAAUAUAUCAAUCGAAUAAAAUUUAUCUACAUUUCAAUGUCAUGAAAAUUGAUUGUAGAUUGGAUCUUACAAGUGAACAAUUGAAAUUACGAUGGAUAAAUAUGGAACAAUGUAAACGUUGAUUUGAUAUAGACAGUACUGAUAGACAACUGAGACUGUAAAAUGGGAAUAACAUUCUCUCUUUGAACUGUGUUGAUAAUGCGCAUGACUAUUUUGGUG